AUGUGUUGCAUUCAGCUGGCCAAGGGCGGACCACCUGGUCCCGACUCAAUCACCCUGACUCUCCUACAACACGGCAAGUCCCGCUCAUGCGGCCAUUUAUGGACGGGCUCCCCCAAUGUGAUGCAAGUAGUAGACCGAUACAUUCAUCAUCUCCUCCUCCAAGAAACACUCGUCGUACUGUCAAAGAUUGUGGCGCUGCUCAAGAUUUCACAGCUUUUGGUCGUGCCAAUACAGAUCAUGACAGGGAUGAUGCAAGCCAGACGUGGGGGACAUCGACUCCUUGAUCCCUGUAAAAGGAUCGAUCUCUGA